AUGAUCAGAUCAAGCGUCAAAGUGGCCAAACCACUGGCUUCAACCUAUAGCAAACGGUCGCUCAGCUUUGCUGCCCCUCAAUUCGGUGGCCUUUUCCAGCACAAAAACUCAUUGUUACUGCAAUAUCAGAGAUCUGCAGCAUCUUCGAGAUACGAGUCUACAGUUGUUAAAGUGCCUCCCAUGGCUGAAUCCAUCACUGAGGGUUCCUUGAAGGAGUUCUCCAAACAGGUUGGUGAAUUUAUUCAACAAGAUGAACUUCUGGCAACUAUCGAAACCGAUAAGAUCGAUGUGGAGGUUAACGCCCCAACUUCCGGUAAAGUUUCCAAAUUGAACUUCCAGCCGGACGAUACAGUUACCGUUGGCGACGCCUUGGCCGAAAUCGAAGCCGGUGAGGCUCCCCAGGAAAGCUCCAAGGAGGAAAAACCAAAGGAUGAAAAACCAAAGGAGGAAAAACCUGCUGCAACCAAAGAACCAGAGUCCAAGCCUCCAAAACAGGAAUCUAAGCAGGAGGAACCUAAGAAAUCCUCGCCUGCCCCUGCACCUGCAUCUCAACCUAAAAAAGAGCCCACCCCAGCUCCAGAGCCAGCCAAGAGUUCUGCCAACUUUUCUCGUUCCGAACAGAGAGUUAAAAUGAACCGUAUGCGUCUUAGAAUCGCUGAAAGAUUGAAGGAAUCGCAAAACACCGCGGCUUCCCUGACAACUUUCAACGAAUGCGACAUGUCUGCUUUGAUGGACAUGCGUAAGCUCUACAAAGACGAAAUCAUCAAGAAGACCGGUAUCAAGUUUGGUUUCAUGGGUUUGUUUGCCAAAGCCUGCACUUUGGCCGCCAAGGAAAUUCCUUCUGUCAACGCUGCCAUCGAAGGUGACCAGAUUGUUUACCGUGACUACACAGACAUCUCCGUUGCCGUUGCGACACCAAAGGGUCUAGUUACCCCCGUCGUUCGCAAUGCUGAAUCUUUGUCAGUGCUAGAUGUAGAAGCUGAAAUUAGCCGUUUGGGUAAGAAGGCCCGUGAUGGUAAGCUAACCCUAGAAGAUAUGGCCGGUGGUACUUUCACGAUCUCUAACGGUGGUGUGUUCGGUUCUUUGUACGGUACCCCAAUCAUCAACCUACCUCAAACUGCUGUACUUGGUUUGCACGGUGUUAAGGAAAGACCCGUCACCGUCAACGGACAAAUUGUGUCUAGACCAAUGAUGUACUUGGCUUUGACUUACGACCACAGAAUCUUGGAUGGAAGAGAAGCCGUUACUUUCUUGAAGACAGUGAAAGAGCUCAUCGAAGACCCAAGAAAGAUGAUGCUUUCUUAA